CUCGAGACUUAUGAAAUUUUGUUUUCCAUCAUGAGGGAUGUUAGCGCUUAUUUAGCUGAGCAGCAAACGAAGACUAAGGGAGAUAUUGCCACAACUUUCAGUAAUUUAGAGACGCUAUAUAAUAAGAAAUUAUGGCAUCAACUGACUCUGGAGCUACAGGAAUUUGUAAAAAAUCCUUACUUUGACAAAGGGACUGGACUGAUAGAGUUAUAUGAGCAUUUCCUGGCUGACUUUGAGCACAGAAUCAACCCAUUGUCCCUUGUAGAAAUACUCAUGUACGUCAUAAAACAAAUACAAGAUCCAAAUGAAGCCUCUUCAUUCCUUGACAAACUAAAAGACAAAGUUAAGGCCAGUACUGAAGCAACAGUUCUCUGUCUCACAGCCAUAGGAACAAUAUUUCUCAGGCAGAAGAACUUAGAAGAAACAAAGAAACUUGUAGAAGAUACAGACCAACUUCUAGAGACUAUAGAUGGCGUUACCUCAGUUCACGGAAGAUUUUACGAACUUUCCAGCAAUUACCACAAGUUAAUGGGGAACCAUGCUGAGUAUUAUAAAGAUGCUCUGCGUUUUCUAGGAUGUAUUGAUCUCAAGGAAAUUCCAGUUUCAGACCAGUUAGAGAGGGCAUUUAAUCUUGCCCUGGCUGCCCUACUGGGGGAGGGGGUGUACAACUUUGGAGAGCUGUUGGCUCACCCUAUACUAGACACACUGAGGAAUACAGAAAAACAAUGGCUUGUGGACACUCUGUAUGCUUUCAAUAGUGGAGAUCUGGCCAAAUUCCAAGCAUUAAAGCCACAAUGGCAGACACAACCAGAUCUUGCAGCUCAGGAGAUUCCUCUCAGACAGAAAAUCUCUUUACUGUGUCUAAUGGAGAUGACCUUUAAAAGACCAGCCAAUAACAGACAACUAUCCUUUGAAGAAAUCUCAGCAGAAACCAAGCUGCCAUUAGGCGAAGUUGAACUCCUGGUCAUGAAGGCACUGUCGCUUCAAUUAGUGAAGGGUAGAAUUGACCAAGUUGACCAGAAGGUGCAGAUGACCUGGGUACAACCAAGGGUACUAGAUCUACAACAGAUCGCCACCAUGCAGAUGCGAUUGAAUCAGUGGAUCACAGAUGUCAAAUCAAUGGAAAUGUUAUUGGAGAGUAAAGCACAGGACAUUCUAACGCUAUAGGAGUAACAUCACCAGGACUAAAAUUACUUAUAUUGAUUAGUAAAAGAACUAGAACCCCUGGUGAUUAGAAGAAUUUCUGAGAAUUAUAAUUUCACAGAUUAAGAGUACAUGUACCUGGGAUUAAGAUCUCCAGAGAUUGAAACAAGAUGCAAUCUAUGUUAUCAUUAACUAAUAUUACCAGAAUAAGAAUGUUAAAAAUAAUCAGGGGCUGUGAUGAUGGAUUAAAAUUCCUUUAAUAUCUGAGUGCAGGGAGUAGCC